CCCAAUUUUUCCUAGGCAGAGAUAACUCUCUGUAGUCUACUUCCCGCACCACCCCUCUCCUCCCCAAUCCAAACCCCUUCAGCCACAGCAAUUCUUCCUUCCAUUCUCGAGCCCCCCAAAGCCUCUCGAUCUCUCAUAGCCCACCAACAAAAAUGGCUUCAAUUUCAGCUACUGCAACAGCGGGAGCAGCAGCUACAGCAGCCUCCACAAAAUUCAUCUGCCCUUAUUCCCCUUCCCCUUCUUCCUCUUCUUCUAGCCCUUCUUUAGUUUCAAUUUCUACUCAAAAACCCACUAAAGUUAUCUUAUCCUCAUCUUUUCUUUCAUCCCCUUCCACCCUUUUCAUCAACUCCCCUUGCUCUUCCUCCGCUCCUUCCCCCCGGGGCGGCCGGUUAACGGUCAGGGCUGCCAGGGGGAAAUUUGAGAGGAAAAAACCCCAUGUGAAUAUUGGUACUAUUGGACAUGUUGACCAUGGAAAGACUACUCUCACAGCUGCUUUGACAAUGGCUUUAGCCUCCAUGGGAAACUCCACACCGAAGAAAUACGAUGAGAUUGAUGCUGCCCCUGAAGAGAGGGCUCGUGGGAUUACUAUUAACACUGCUACUGUGGAGUAUGAGACUGAGAAUCGGCAUUACGCCCAUGUGGAUUGCCCCGGGCACGCGGAUUACGUAAAGAAUAUGAUUACUGGUGCUGCCCAGAUGGAUGGAGCGAUAUUGGUGGUUUCUGGGGCAGAUGGCCCGAUGCCGCAGACGAAGGAGCAUAUUUUGUUGGCUAAGCAAGUUGGGGUGCCGAAUAUGGUUGUCUUCUUGAAUAAACAGGAUCAGGUGGAUGAUGAGGAGUUGCUUCAGCUUGUGGAAUUGGAGGUAAGGGAGCUUUUGUCUUCUUAUGAGUUUCCUGGUGAUGAUAUUCCGAUUAUUUCGGGUUCUGCUUUGUUGGCUUUGGAGGCUUUGUUGGCUAAUCCUGGUAUUAAGAGGGGUGAAAACCAAUGGGUGGAUAAGAUUUAUGAGUUGAUGGAUGCUGUUGAUAGUUAUAUUCCUGUCCCACAAAGGCAGACUGAUUUGCCAUUUUUAUUGGCUGUUGAAGAUGUUUUUUCAAUUACGGGUAGAGGGACAGUGGCUACUGGGAGGGUUGAGAGAGGGACUGUUAAGGUUGGGGAAACUGUUGAUAUAGUGGGGUUGAAGGACACAAGGAAUACGACGGUUACUGGGGUUGAGAUGUUUCAGAAGAUUUUGGAUGAGGCAAUGGCUGGGGAUAAUGUGGGGUUGUUGUUGAGAGGUGUGCAGAAGGUGGAUAUUCAGAGAGGAAUGGUGUUGGCUAAGCCUGGGACAAUUACGCCUCAUACUAAGUUUGAGGCUAUUGUUUAUGUGUUGAAGAAGGAGGAGGGUGGAAGGCAUUCUCCAUUUUUCUCAGGGUACAGGCCUCAGUUUUACAUGAGGACUACUGAUGUGACAGGUAAGGUGACUCAGAUUAAGAACGAUAAGGAUGAGGAAUCAAAGAUGGUUAUGCCCGGUGAUCGUGUGAAGAUGGUGGUUGAGCUCAUUGUGCCUGUUGCUUGUGAGCAGGGAAUGAGGUUUGCUAUUCGCGAAGGAGGGAAGACUGUUGGAGCCGGGGUUAUUCAAUCUAUCAUUGAGUGAUACAGGCCUUUCCGUGCAAAAUUGGGAUUCCAGUGGCAUAUAUGAUGAAGUUUUUGUUUACUUCUUUAUUUUUAGUGCCUUAGUUUACUUCAAGAAGUUGCUGUUAUGAUGAAUGGAAGAAUACUUCUUAUUGCCUUUGCUGAUUUUAGUUUUCCUUUACUAUAUCUCUGUUUAGUGGCUCAGCUACUAUUUAGCUUCUAUUGACCUUUUUGAUAUAGUUUUUGCUUACUUGUUAAUAAGAGUUUCUGCUGCUAUUUA